AUCCACAGUUAUCGAGCAAAAAUGGCUUCCUCGUAUGGCGUUCGGCCACCGUCAUUCAGAAAAAAGCAGCCCAGUGCAGAGAAUUUUACCUGUCAAAAAUGUCUACAGAAAGGGCACUUUACAUACGAAUGUACAGGAAAACGCAAGUAUGUUCACAGAGAGUCACGGACAAAGGAGAUGGCGAAACGCAUGAAGCUGGAUGAGGAGAAGAAGCAGGCAGAAUUACUGACUAAAUGCACAUCAAUACAGCAAAAAAAGAAAAGGUCCAAGAAGAAGAAAAGGUCUGUCAGUUCCUCCUCCUCAUCCAGUGAUUCCAGCUCCGAUUCCUCAGAGGAAGACUCCAGCUCUGAUUCAUCCUCCUCCUCAACAUCAUCAUCCUCAUCAUCUUCCUCCUCAUCAGAUAGUGAUUCUUCAUCAUCUUCAUCAUCAGACAGUUCUGGUUCUGAAAGGAAAUCUAAAAGAAGGAAAAAGAAACAGCGAAAGAAAUGAGAAUAUAUGGAAUUAUGGAUAAUACUGAUGAAAUGACAAGAACUUGACGAAAUUUAAUGUAGUAUUUGAUAUUUCAAAAUUCAAUUUGUAAAGAAACAAGAUGAAAAAUUGUUAAUAAUUCAUUGAAAUUUGUCAGAUGGGUAUUUCCUUUUUAAUAUGCCAUUGUUUUAUUUUCAGCAAAUUUAAUGUAAACUAGUAUUAAAUAAAUAUUCCAAAAUAAAGAA